AUGCAUGUUGUUACACAUCCAAAUGGUGGCGCUUCAAUGCUUAAAGCAGAUUGGACAAAAAUUAAACAGCAUUUUACUGGUUCAGAAAUUGACGAAUUUACUUUGGAGUUUGUAAAUUACGGUUUAGCCGAAGUUGACAGUACUCCUAUUUUUGUCAUUGCAGUGAUUGAAAAUGCAGCUGAAUAUCUUCAGAAUAGUCUGGAAUAUUUUGCUAAGAAGUUCCCACAUAUGCCAGUGAAAAUAGGAUCACUUACCAGUAAGCAGUUUGUAAGCACAACAACCGUUUCUGAAUAUUACCGGCACGUAAUGGAUACUUGUCAUCACGGAACUUUCAGAUAUGGUCCUUUGCAUGCGCUAAGUUUAGUAGGAACAAAGCAGGAAGAAUGUGGCAACUAUUUCAAGGAAUUGAUUGAAUGUCUGGAACUAUUUCCGAUGCUUAAACUAUUGAUGCCAUGGAGUGAAUGGUCAGCAGCAGGCUUAGAAAGUCCUUCUGAUAGUGAUGAUGGUCCAAUUUUUUGGGUCAGGCCAGGUGAACAGAUGAUACGAACAGAUGACAUGAAAGAGGAUUCAUCUUCAAAAGCGCGAAAACGAGGUUCUUCAAUUCGUCCACAUGCACCUUCCUAUAGAUGUCGAGAACGACGGGAAUUCUUUUUCGAAGAUCGAACUCCUUGUCAUGCUGAUCACGUGGCAGAUGGAUUGGAAAGGCGUGCAACUGCAGCUGUUGGUCUACUCCAAUCAAUUUAUGGACCAAUGGAAAGAAAAAAAGGCGAUAUUGGAAGAAGAGCAGUUAAGGAUGUCGUUUGCUUUCAUGCCAGUGACUUUGAGAGAAUUGUUGAUGAGCUGCAGUUGGAUCUUUAUGAGCCGCCUCUGACUCAGUGCGUGCAAUGGGUAGAAGAAGCCAAGUUGAAUCAGCUAAGAAGAGAAGGAGUUCGUUACUCACGUUUUCUGUUAUAUGAUAAUGACGUUUACUUUUUGCCUCGAAAAAUCGUUCAUCAGUUUCGAACAAUAAGUGCCUGCGCUUCCAUUGCAUGGCAUAUACGCCUUAAACAAUACUACGAUGAUACUAAUUUGGACACUGAAAGCGAUGAAAAUGUAAACAAUUCAAAAUCAGGAGAAAGGGCGAGGGUAAAUUCUCGUAAGCGUAAGAGUAACCCAAGAAAAGCUGGAAGACCAAGGAAGAAUGAUCGUGCAAAAAAAGCAAAGCAUUCGGGCUACACUAAAUCGAGAUCUUCUAAAUAA